UGUUGGAAUAUUAAUAAUUGGGAGUAAGAAAAUCUUUGACGGUUUUAUUCAUUUUUUGCAAAAAAAUGAGCACUGGAUUGUUGAGAGUGGGAUCUACAAGGAGAUCCAAGACAAAAUCGCCUUAUGCCAGACCCCCUGCACGUGCUUCCGGCCCCUCGGCGCGCCCGGUGCAACCAACACAAGAGUCCUCACAAAUGCAGCAUGCAGGAAGUGGUAGCCAAGCGAUUUAUGCUCCUACCGGUGGCCUACAAGACACAUCCGAGGUCAGUCCCGUGAAUGCCACACUGCCAGUGAACAUCACAGGUGACCAGCCUCAGCUGCAACAGACCUUUAGUGUUGCCGCAUCCCAAAAUAUUCCAGAUGUGCAGCCUCUGCUUCAAGACACCUCUAUGACUACAGCAACAAAAAAUGUUGUGUAUCAGCCAGAUUCAAUCUGGAUUGUGGGAUCAUCCCUUAUUAAAAGAGCAGAACAAUUUUCUUUGAGUUCUCCGGAAUUUGGCACAGACCUUUCUUUACCAGGGGUAAAAGUGUUAUGGAAGGGAAUACCAGGGUUGAGUUUUGCCAAAUUCUCUGAGGUCAUUUCUGACCUGUCCUCUACAAAGCCACAUCCGAGGUUUCUUGUUAUCCAUGUAGGUGGUAAUGACAUUGCCAAACAUAAUAACCCAUUACGAAGACAACAAAAAUUUAUGAAAACUGUUAUCAACAAGUUGAGUUUGGUUAUGCCUUUAACAUGCAUUGUCUGGUCACAUAUUUUGCCCAGGGUAUAUUGGCGUCAUUCAAUUUCAAAUGUUGCUGCAGAGAAAUCAAGAUCUAGAAUUAAUAGUUUCUAUUGCUAGCUUUGUUUUAAAGUCAGGUGGUGCUUCAAUUAAGUACCCUGACAUCAGUAUUGUUCAAAGUAAACUCUUUCUUAAUGAUGGAGUUCACUUA